AUGGCGGCGCCGUCGUCUCCGGAUCCGGCAGCUCUGAUGGACGAGCUCGUCGAAGAGUGCCUCGUCCGCCUCCCACCGGAGGACCGCGCCGCCCUCGUCAGCAGGCAAUGGCACCGCGUUGUCACCGGCGCCAUCUUCCGCCGUAGGUACAUCGAGUUCCCCCACUCGGCACCGCAGCUGGGCUACAUGCUCAACCAAGACAACAAUUCCAUCCGCUUCGUCCCUACGUCGUCGUUUCUGCGGCCCCAGGUUGACCGCCGCGAUGUGCGAGCCAUCCACUCAAGGCAUGGCCGCGUCCUCUUGCUUUCUGCCCGGGAGCGGGAGGGUGACGGUCUCGGCCUCUUGGUGUGGGAUCCCAGAAAGGACAAGCAGUGGGAACUGCCCGUCCUGCAGCCAGGCGCGCGGAUAGCUAACUGGGACGCCGCCUUGGCCUGCGCCGUGGGCAACGGCUGCAGCCAUCUGGACUGCCACUUCAAGGUCGUCUUUGUGGGAAGAUCUGGAGGGCGGAGGACAUGUGUUGGGUAUUUCACUAUUGAUCUGAACUCAGGGAGGAGCAAGAAGGUAGGGAAUGUCUUAGGCUCGGGUCGCAUUGUUCCCUAUGUGAGCUUCUGCACCCCAGCACCGGGAACAGUCUCCACAGAUGAGGGACCAGCAGCUAGUGUUGUUGUGUCUACAGAUGAUGAACCAGGAGCUGGUGUUGUGGUCUCUAGAGAUGAGGGGCUAGGAGAUGUUGCUGUCUCUACAGAUGAGGGGCCAGGAGAUGUUGUGGUCUCUAAAGAUGAGGGGCCAGGGUCUAGCAUGUCAAGUGCAUAA